CGGGAAGGUGCGCUGAGGCGGGAGUUGGAGGCGCGGCGCCUGGGAGGUGAGGUGGCAGACGCUUCGCCUCCACGAAGUUCUCAACAGAUGGAGAAAGUCAAUAGAUAACAAAAGAAGAGGAGUGAUUGGAGUGGUGCAGAGAUUUGAGGCAGUCCUGCUGUUCAGUUCACAUUAUCAUCAACAAGGCCUUUCUCAUUUUAUCUUUUUUUCCUUCAUUCCAAUUCCCAGUCAUGUUCCUUCCCUCUUCCUUCAGUAGCCACUCUAAUGUGUUUGAUACAUGUCCUUGGAUAUACAUGUAUCUUUGAAUAAUAUAUAGUAUUGUUUUGUAUAUGUAUGUGUUUUAAAUGUACAUAUUUGAUAUUAUGUUAUAGAAAUCAUUGUUUCUAUUUCAUGUUUCUGUAAAUACUUCUAUUGCAUAGUAUUGUCUUAAAUGACCUCACACCCUUGGCCACUGGUCCUGGGCCUAGAUGGGCCAAUCAGCGUCCCUACCCAGAAUUUUUUUAACUGAAACUAAGAAAAAAAAGAAAAUCCCUCUCCAGUUUGGAAGCCGUAAAAUGUAAAACACAGGAGCUGUCAGCAGCCAUGUGUCCUGCCAUACCGAACCAGCUGGUCUGCAGUGAAAAGAAUGAAGCCGACAUGCAGAAAGCAGCAGAGAACCAUGUGUGAUCAGUACUGCAUCUCCUUUGCUGACGUUGAAAAAGCACAUAUCAACAUUCGAAAUUUUAUCCACCUCACACCAGUACUAACAAGCUCCAUUUUGAAUCAAGUAACAGGGCGUAAUCUUUUCUUCAAAUGUGAACUCUUCCAGAAAACUGGAUCUUUUAAGAUUCGUGGUGCCCUUAAUGCAAUCAGAGGCUUGAUUUCUGCCACUUCAGAAGAGAAGCCCAAAGCUGUUGUUACUCACAGCAGUGGAAACCAUGGCCAGGCUCUCUCCUAUGCUGCCAGGUUGCAAGGGAUUCCUGCUUAUAUUGUAGUGCCCGAAACAGCUCCCAACUGUAAAAAAUUGGCGAUACAAGGCUAUGGAGCCUCUAUAGUAUACAGUGAACAGAGCGACGAGUCCAGAGAAAAUGUUACAAAAAGAAUUGUGGAAGAAACAAAAGGCAUCAUGGUACAUCCCAACCAGGAGCCUGCAGUGAUAGCUGGGCAAGGGACAAUUGCCAUGGAAGUCCUAAACCAGGUUCCCUUGGUAGAUGCACUGGUGGUACCUGUAGGAGGAGGAGGAAUGGUUGCUGGAAUAGCAAUUACAGUUAAGGCUCUGAGACCUAGUGUCAAGGUAUAUGCUGCUGAACCCUUGAAUGCAAAUGACUGCUACCAGUCCAAACUGAAAGGGGAACUGACCCCCAAUCCCUAUCCUCCAGAAACCAUAGCAGAUGGUGUCAGAUCCAGCAUUGGCUUAAACACCUGGCCUAUUAUAAGGGACCUCGUGGAUGACGUCUUCACUGUCACAGAGGAUGAAAUUAAGUAUGCAACCCAGCUGGUGUGGGAGAGGAUGAAAUUGCUUAUUGAACCUACAGCUGGUGUUGGAGUGGCCGCUGUGCUGUCUCAGCAUUUUCAAACAGUUUCCGCAGAAGUAAAGAACAUUUGUAUUGUGCUCAGUGGUGGAAAUGUAGACUUAACUUCCCUAACUUGGGUGAAGCAGGCUGAAAAGCCAGCUCUUUAGCAAUCUGUUUCUGUUUAAUAUGUGCAAAAGGAAGAAAAGGGAUUCAGUGUCUAGACACUUGGAAAUUUUGUCUCCUGGUCAUUGUCAACUUCCUAUCUUCCCCUCUUAAAGAGCUUUCAAAAUCCUAAUAGAGAAUGUAUAUUUCAGUAAGUUUUAAUAGUUUUUUGGACUAAGUUGCAAUAGAAAAACAUCCAUACUUAACUGAGAUACCUUGUCAAGGCCAAGAAAAGUCUUCUGCUAAAAGGAGCAGGAGACCUUAAGUAGGCUUAAGUAGAAAACAUAAACUGCCCAAUCACAACCUACAGGCUCCCAACCCUAGAGUGCUAACUAGUAGCAAUGAGACAGAAUCCCACUGAAUCCAUUAUUCCAUGUCCAUUUCAGGCACUGUUGAAGAAAUCUCACUUUUCACCCAAGGUACUGGUUCUGGUACAUAUGGAUCAUAAGUCCAUUUGGGGAAAACUCUUUUAUAGAGGUUCAUCAGUACUGUGUCCUGAGAUUUUAGCUUCCCAUCAAAACUGCACUUCAUGUGGCCAUGAGUACCUACAAAGAAAACAGCAUGAGUUGGUCAAAUUUAAUAGGAAAUUUUAAAGCAGUGGUCUAACCCAAUAGUCAUUUAGUAGCCCUGGGGAAAUCUAGACAAGAUCCCAAAUCCCACAUUCUCUUACCUAAAGGCUCCUUGAUGUGUCCCCUACGGCCCCACUUUGUUCUCAGUUCCACUGGUUUAAACCACAGCACAUCCUCUUAGAAUCAAACACACAGAAUACCAAGAGGAAACAUUUAUCCAUAAUAUAUAAAUCCAACCUUCAUCCCACAAAGGCAAUUGGAUCCCAUCCGUCACACCUACCUCUGUUGAAGAACAUGUAACGCACCACUGCCAUCUUAGUAAAAAUUUU